CCUCUAUUGCUCAACCACCACCCAAACAAUGGCGCGCACACUCUCGCCCGAAGAAUACGAAGAGAUUGGAAAGUCUUACUACAGGCUCAAACAGUUCGAGAAGGCCGUCGAAGCUUUCACCAACGGCAUCGACGCGUCGGCGAUUCCGUCGGCCACGCUCUACGACUACCGCGCCGCCGCCCACGAGAAGCUCGGCGACAUGAACGCUGCGGUCAAGGAUGGGCGUCUUGCUAUCCGUACGCACAAACAGGACGUCAAGGGCUACCUGCGCACCGCGAGCGCGCUGCAGAAGAUGGAGAAGCUGGACACGGCGCUGAACAUCUACAAGUAUGGCAUGAAGAACGUGCCCGUGAACAACAAGGACUUUCCGCUACUGCUGCAGCUCCACGACAAGCUCACCCGCACGCUUUCCCCGCCCAAAGCCAUCGACCCCUUCACCAUUCUGCCGGUGGAGCUGGUCGAGAUGGUCAUCGGCUACCUCUCUUUCAAGAAUAUGAUCAACUGUCUACGGGUCAGCAGGGGCUGGAAGGAGUACCUCACCAACCGCCCUAAGCUCUGGGCCAAUAUCGAUCUUUCUAGCGCCACCAAGUCCGUAUCGCGCAGCUUCCUCGCCAACGCUGUUCGCUACAGCCGCGGCACCCUGCAUACGCUGACCGUCCACCGCGUGCAGCAUACGGAUAUGCUUCGCAACAUCGCGACUGCCUGCGAAAACCUCCAUGCCCUAACGAUACUAUCGUUCCCUUACAAGAUAUCCGAGACAUUCAUCGGGAUGGCUCAAUCUGCACAAAACCUGAAGCGGAUAUCUAUAUAUACUGAGGUUAGCGUGGACACCAUGAUUCAGAUUCUGCGAAAACGCCCAGCGCUGGAGCUCGUCGAUUUGAAAGAUCUAUGUGCGGCAUUUGGAUCCGCACCCAUGGUCUGGAAAGGGGGUCCUUACAAUGGACUCCAAACCCUUGCAUUACAAUGCAAUGCCAGCCCCGUGACACUGUCUGACAAUUUCGUUUCAACAUUUAUACAAAAAGCCUUCGAUUUACGCUCACUAACGUGCGUGAACAUAAAAGUACAGAGAGACGGGAUUUUCGGGACUUUCAAGCUACACGCAACUCGCCUAACGAGUCUUACCUUAAAGAAGUUUCACGGCCAUGUCACUAUCCCGUCAACGUUAGAGCGCCUGGUCUAUGACCCAUCCUAUCCAGCAUUCAUAGCAGAACCUUCGUGCUCUCGGUCGCUCACGCAUCUUACCCUGGGCGACGACGUUAAUCUACGUCGACUGUCAGACUUCUUAGACUACUCAGGCAAUCCAGGAGACGAGACGAGGCUGCCUAUUGAGAACGCCAAACCCUUGCAACAUCUUUCUCUAGCUGGAACUAUUGAGAGAGACAGUGUCGACAACUCUACCCCUUCCAGUACCAUCGUGUCCACCUUCCUCUCCACAUCUCCUCGCAUCCUCACACGGGCCCUCACCUCCCUCGAACUCCCCGGCCAGCCCCUCACAGACGACGACAUCGAUCCUAUCAUCGAAUCAACAAGCCUCACCACCAUCAACAUAUCAAAUACCAACGUCUCGGGGUACGGCAUCAAGAAACUCGUAGACGGAGUGCCGACGUUACGCCACAUCAACGCUGAUCACUGCCGCAACUUGAGCAGUAGAGACGUGAUCGAGUAUGCAAAGAAGCGCGGCGUGCAUGUGAGCUAUACGAUGGCAGAACCGAGUAAUGGGGCGAAGGGGCGUAAGGUGCGGUAUGGUUGAUCAAGCGGCGUGGAAGGCGAUCAUUUGAAGGCGUCGGAACAAUGAAGCUGUCAGAAUAACACGACAUGACGGCGUGCUAGCCUGAGUACGUAGCUACGUGGACUUGAAAUGCGACAGGUGCAGCUUUGUGUCUACUACGU